AUGCAGCUCCUCACUUCUGUCGCUGCAGCCGCUGCACUUCUGGCAAGCAGCGUCUCUGCCGCGAAUCUGACUGGCGAUGUCUUGAACGGUGUACCGGUCAUCCACGACUUGAAUCUGGCCGACGUGCCUGCGCAGAAAGUUUCGAGAUAUUACCUGCGUGUUGGAGAACUCAAUGGCGGCCACCCAGUCCACAUUCCCGUCAUGGUUGCACGCGGCACACCUGAGAGUCUCGAGACGGGCCAGAAGCUGUCACUCUCAGGUGCGAUCCACGGUGAUGAGCUGAACCCUGUGCGCGUCGUGCAACGCAUCUUCGAGCAAUUGGAGGAUCAGGUGGCAACGUUGAACGGCACUGUCAUUGGCAUUCCUACCGUCAACCCCAUGGGCAUCUACCUCAACCAACGAAACUACUUCACCGCCUCCGCCUCUGGCUCCCUGACGAACGUCAACAGAGUGUUCCCAGGCGUGAGCGCCGAGCUCGGCGGCAGCGGACCCAACAUCCUUGCUUACAACAUCUGGAACUAUCUCUGGGGCAACGCUUCCCAAGUCGACGUCGGCAUAGACCUGCACACACCAUCUUCCGGCGGCGAGACAAGCUUGUGGUGCUACUCGGACUGGCGGCUGCCGUACGUGGAGCGUUUGAGCAAGCUCCUGCAACCCGACACUCUGAAGAUCGAUGUCGGCGAGCCAGGCAGCAUCGAGACGACGUUUGUGGACUACGGAAUCCCGAGUCUGACGGUCGAGAUGGGACAGGCCAAGAUCUGGAACACGUCGCUGAUCGACCGCACAGUCGACUUUGUCAACCGCGUGCUCGUCGAUCUGUCCAUUGUUCCAUCCAACACCACCGUCGAACCGGACCUCAGCAACGUCUACAUUGCCAACACCUUCCACGAUACCUACACCCAGUACGGCGGAUUCGUCGAGAGACUGGUUCAGGUCGACGAGCCGGUGACCAAGGGACAGCCGAUUGCACAUGUCCGCAAUGCUUUUGGCGAUAUCAUGGAAACACUGGUGGCGCCAGCAGAUGGACGUAUGUUCCAGAGCCCGCGGGAUCCGUCGUGCGAGCCGGGCAGCAGUGUUGGGCAGAUUGCGUACAAUUCCACAGACCCUGAGUGCGCCGAUGGAUGUAUCCUCAGCGGACCUACAGGGUCGCGGAGAAGGUAG